AUGCUCCAAUUGUCUAGUCUGAUUGCCGGACCGAGCAAAAGAUUUUUAUCAGACUCUGUGAGGAAAACCUUUGUUUGUGCAAACGGUGUCGUUGCUUCUUGGCAUCCACAAACGAAAGUCCCAUACGAACACACAAAACCGAUUAAUCUUUCCAGAGUUGAAGAGUCAACAACUCCUCUCAAGUCGGCGGUUUCAAAACGACACCCGAGGGUUCCUGACAACUCGGAGCUGAAAGAAAUCUUUUAUACACCAAAGAACGAGUGGUAUACAAGAACUCGAGAGGCGCGUCUGUUCAGUAGAGUUGCCGAUUCCAAAACAGAGCCUACGUCGAAAAAUUAUUUACUUUGUCUUGAACACACGCCCGUGUAUACCGUUGGCAUUCGAUCAAACGUUUAUAACUCAAAAGAGGAAGAACGUCUUAAGCAGCUUGGAGCCGAUUUUCACAGAACAUCGCGUGGUGGUUUAAUUACGUUUCACGGACCUGGCCAAUUAGUGAUUUAUCCCAUAUUGGAUCUUCGACGAUUCUCACCUCGCCGUUUUGGUGUUAGACAAUAUGUCGAUACCUUGGAACAAGCUGUGAUUGAUUGUACUGUAGGCGACUUUCAUAUUUCAAAUGUUGGGCGAAGUGAUAAAAACACCGGAGUUUGGGUCGGUGCCAACAAAAAAAUAUGUGCGAUGGGUAUUGCUGUCAAAAAUGGAAUCACUUCUCAUGGUUUAGCGCUCAAUUGUAACAACGAUCUCAAGUGGUUUUCGCAUAUUGUUGCUUGUGGUAUUCAAGACGUCGAGGUAACGUCUAUUUCAAAAGAAACGAAACGAGAUGUUGAUGUAAAUACGGUUAUCCCUUUAUUGGCUCAUCGUCUUGCUCAUGUUUUCGAGUGCCAGGUCUUCGAG